AUGAACCGCACACAUGUGGCUGCUGUAGCUCAGCAUGCGGUGAUCUCUACCGUAGAUCAGUCAGCAACAUCCACCGACCCUCCAUCUCGCGCAUCGUCACGCGGCUCAACGCGCUCCUCGAGAGGUAAGCCCAAAGCGGCUUCCACAAGUCGAGCUGGCGGCUCGAAUAGACACGUCAAUGGAGCACCCGAGGACGCUGUCGUUGUUUCCGAUGAGCUGGAAGACAAAGAUCAAUUUUUAGAUGACUCACAACGAGCUGCGCACUUGGAGGACGACAGAGAGCAAGAUGCGCGCUCAUACACCAUGCAAGAGGCUGACGAGAUGAGCUUUAUCAUCGACACGGCUGGCGAUAUGGAUGUUGAUCGAGAAAUUGCUCUGGAAGACCAAGCCAGGGCUGAUCAAGCAGAUACGCACGUGGAAGCAGGCCUGCUGCUUCCGAGCCACGUCAACGUCAUCCCACAAAGCAGCAGCGACCCGGUUACCCAGCCCGGAGUUAGCUCUUCGGACCCAUCACGACACGUGAUCUCUGACGUGCCUGAAGACGAAGACCUGGAAGGCGAUAUAGGCGAUUUCGAGCAACUUGAUAUGGACCCGUCUACUGCCAACCGAUACUACGGCGCCGAGGAGAAAGCCGAACGAAGAGCAAAAGAACAGUGCCUUGCCUGCGGUGAGCUCGGCCAUGAUCGACGACACUGCCCGCAUCAACAUUGCCUUGCAUGUGGUGCUAUGGACGACCAUCCUACACGCUUCUGUCCAAUGUCGACGAGCUGCUUCCGUUGUGGUGGAAUGGGUCACCAGACACGCACGUGUCCGAAACCCAGAAGAGCACCUCGAAGCGAAGAAUGCCAACGUUGCGGGUCUUUUACUCAUGUCAACGCACUAUGCCCUACCUUGUGGAGGGUGUAUAGCUACACCACGUCGGACCACGUCGAUCGUCAUCGAGCAAAGGUAUUCUUGAAGCUGCAAGGCUCUUCGAAAGCUCGUGAUCCGAGGCGCGAUUUGGAGCCGGAUCCGGAAGAGCUUUCGGAUUCCGAGGACGAGUUUAUCAAAGCGGGCGAACCAGAGCUGCCCACGGGCUCAUCAUCGUCUUGGUCGCAGUUCGACCCGGCGACGCGUUGGUGUUACAAUUGCUCGACUUCAGGCAAUCACUGGGGAGACGACUGCCCGGAACCACGAUGUAAUCCUACACGAGGCACGGGAGAACCAUCGGCGUUUUCGGAAUUCGUCUCGCGCCUAGGACCUUUUUCUAAGCUCUUACCUGGAGCUCCGCCAUUAGCAGGCUUUCAAAUGCCAUCAUCGCAGUUCACUUUUAACGUUGGAAACAGCGCUACGAUGCAUGUUGCUGCUGAUGCUCUACCGAGUUCGUCGGGUCGAAGCACGCCGAAUGGUAUCAACAAACGACAUGCUAUCGGGCGUCACGUCUUGUCCUCGCCCAAUUCGAGUCGCACUGCCUCACCCGUUCCCAACAUAGUGAGCUUCGGCCGUACCAAAGCCGUCGCCGUUGAAGGCGGAUUGCUCACGCGCAAAGAGGCGAAAAAGAACAAAACACCUCUCCCGGAAAAUCUGUUCAAAGAAUGGAUCCGAGAUCGACACGACUAUCCCGAGCACGCACAUGAGAUUCGUAGCGCUCUGGAAGAGCGUGCUGAUCUGCAAGCAAAAGGUCUCGACACAACCAAGGUGCGCACAACAAAAGAGAUCGUCGGCGAUGCGGCCAAGCGUACAGGCCGGCGCCAAGAGCGAGCGAGUACAAACCGCAACAGUGACGCUUCCAGCGAUCCGGCAGCAGCCAGGGAGAGCGAGGACGAUUUCAGAGACGAUUUCAGCACCGAUUCCAGCCAUUCUCAACUCAACCGCCAACGCAAGAAAAAGAGGAGAGCAGACGGGAAAAAUGCUCGCGCUUCUCACAAGUCCAAGAAGGACACCGUACAUACAGGAUGGGCGCACACCGGCGAUGGACCAGGCAACUCUGGUAAGAAGGAAUCCAAACGUGCAAGGUUCUCGAACAAGCGCCAGGAAGAUAGGGGUGGCAAUCCGGGCGAAAGAAGAGGCGGCGGCAGCGGUAGCGGUGGCCGAGGGAAGACGACCAGAAGAGGCGGAAGCGCUCGAGCACAAGCUAACAGCAGCACCGGUGCACGUGGCGGCGGCAAAGUCAGGGGUGGUGGCAGCAAGUAUCGCGGCAGCUACUUCUAG